CUGCUGCUGGCGGCGGCGGCGCUGCCCGGCCAGGCGGCGGCGGGCCCCGCGGCGCCCUGCGAGGCGGGCGGCAGGCGCUAUUCGGCGGGCGAGCGGUUCGUGCCGCCGGGCGAGCCCUGCAGCCGCUGCGAGUGCACGGCCCGGGGCCCCGCCUGCGCCCGCGCCCCCUGCCCGGCCCUGCCGCCCGCCUGCAUCCACGUGAGCCGCUACCCGGUCGCCUGCUGCCCCCGCUGCGAGCGCGUCGGCUGCGAGCACCGCGGCCGCGUCUAUGGGCUGGGCCAGCGGUUCCAGCCCUCGGAGUGUGAGCAGUGCACCUGUGACCCGGACGGCAUCGCUCGCUGCCUGGUGGCCGACUGCGCCCCCCCGCCCUGCGUCAACGCCGUCUACGAGACGGGCCACUGCUGCCCCACGUGCCAGGACGGUCCCAACUGCUACGCGGACAGGAGCCGGACGCGCGUCAUCCCCGCCGGAGAGGCCGUCUGGGUGGAGCCCUGCACCUGGUGCCGCUGCCACGACGGCCAGGACGUGGGCUACUGGGAGGGCAACCGGCUGGCCAAGUGCGAACGGCUCCGUAACUGCCGCCCCCCGGAGCGGCACAACUCCUGAGCACCACCCCCGGAGCCCUGCCCACCUCCCGCUGGCUGCAGAGACCCACCGCUCCCCCACUCCUAUUGGGCCACCGCUCCCCGGGCCACAGAGACCCCCCCCAACACCCUUCCCCCGCUGGGCCACAGAGACCCCCCCCAACACCCCUCCCCCUCCCUGCUGGGUCCCAGAGCACCCCCAGCUGCACCACUGACCCCUUUCCAGCCAUGCCACUAGUCUCCUCUGGACCAUCAGUCCCACCCUAGCCCCAUGGCUGGAUCCCAGGCUCUUCCCCAUUGCCCCCCAGCUGGGCUGCACCAGGAGGCCCCCUCCCCAGCCCAGCUCCAGCACCUGCCCCCUCAGCCCUGGCCAGGCUCCCUCUGGAGUCCCCCCUCCCCCCGCCUUGUGGGCAGCAAACCCACCCAUCCCUGCCACACGGGCUCCCAGCUCUCCCUGAGCAGUGCCCCCGUGGGGGCUGGGAUGCCCACACCAGCAGGGUAGGUAGGGGGCACCCCAGGGUCCCCCACCCUCAGCCUUGCUGGGAGGACCCUGAAACCCAGCUCCAACUUGGGAAGCCCUCAGGGAGCUGGAUGGAGGCUCCUGCGUGAACAGCCCCGAGUCACUGGCAAUAAAGUUCCUUCCAGGUACAGCUCCCUCUGGCUUCUUCCUGCCUGGACCUGCCCCCAUCCUGGGCCUGAGGGGCCGGGGGGCUGGGCUGGCUCCCAGACCCUGGGGUCCCCCAGCUCUACCAGCAGGUAGGGGCUCCCCACCCCCCGGCUUUGACCAACACCAAGGGGGCCCAGGUCUGGAGAAGUCCCCUGCCCCAGGGCCGGCUCGGCCCCGGUCCCCUCGCCCUGAAUCCACAAUCCAGGCUCUGAAUUU